AUGCCUGCGGUGAACGAUGUCGACGAGACUGGUCAGGAAGCAGUCGAAGAGCCACUUCUCGAUGUUCCCUACGACUACACAAUCCUUACAGAUGAGAUCUGCCAAAGCCUGACCGAAGACAAUCUAGAUGCCGUCCCUGCCUUGUUCGCGCUCGGAGAGAAUGACAAUGACACGGACGCAUUGCUUGCGAUGCAAGAGCUGGUACACGCGGUGGCUUCUGGCCGGAUAGAUCCCAAGGUAGCUGGAGCCUUGAUCAGCGGCUUCGCUCCGGUUGAAGACGACGACGCAGACAGCGAAACGGCGGAUCCGACGCAGAUCACGCAAGCUCUACAAAGCGCGGUCGUGGAUGCAAUCUCAGUCCUCUACGACGACAAUGGCUCCCUACCUUUUCGUCGCAUCUCAGAUUUCCUAUCUGCUACACAGAUACCUGUCGAUAUCCUGCGCAAUGCUCUUGAUCAGAAGCUUCUGAUGAGCAUGGGCCUAGUUCAGAGCAUCUUCGACAAACAAGCUAUUAGGAAACAGACGAAUGUGGUCUACCGGCAAGCCAACUUCAACCUGGUGCGAGAGGAAUCAGAAGGCUUUGCAAAGCUGGUAACGGAAGUCUUCUCGUGCUGCACAUCACAAGAACCGACCGGCACAAAUGCGGAAGAGGCCGUUGAGAAGGUAAAGGCUCUCAUCGGUGCUUUCGACUUGGAUGUUGGCCGAAGUCUGGACGUCGUUCUGGACGUGUUCGGAUCAGUGCUGGUUCGCUCGUUCCGAUUCUUUGUCAAAUUCCUUCGAGCCAGCCCUUGGUGGCCACGUGGUAGUCAAGACGAUGGCUGGUCAACGCGCGGACUGCCUCGGUGGGCUUUGCCUGGUGUUGAAGAUUGGAAAAUCACCGAAGAGCAGAGAGCCGAAAUUGCGAGCGAGAAUCUUUCCCGCGAUGCAGAUUUUUGGGCUCUUGCGAAGGACCAAGGUCUUCGCGCCUUCUAUCAGCUUGGGCUUUCGCAUAUCCCCGGUGCAGCAUCAUACGACUCCAACGACGAGUUCAGCAAAGCUUGGGUCGAGGAGACAGGUACCCAGCCACCGUCCGGCAACCACGAUGCAGCUCAAUUGCUAGGCUUCAAGCUUCGCUUCUAUUCCGAGUCUCCCGCCCGGGAUGAGUCUGAUACUUUGCCUGACAAUUUGAUGUUUUUGUCAGCACUGCUCAUCAAAAUCGGCUUCAUCUCGCUCAAGGAUCUAUUCCCACACCUCUGGCGACAAGAUGAGGCUAUGGAGCAGCUCAAAGCUCAAAAGAUUGUCGAGAAGGAAGAACGCGAGCGUGCGGCAAGACCCGGAGCUGGUACAAAGAAUGCUCUGUUGACUGCUGGUGCACUGUCUGACGAUCCGGAACCUUCGGCCGGACCGCGCUCAGCCGUGCCGCGACGGCUUAAUGAGGCCUCAACCCGCGCUGGCACACCUUCCAGAGAACCAGAAGCGGACAAGGCUUCCACGAAAGGUACGACGGAUGAGCCAGCCGACCAGAAGAUCGCGCUACUAAAAGCACUUCUCGCGAUUGGCGCCCUACCAGAAGCUUUAUUCAUGAUCGGACGAUUUCCGUGGGUCCUAGAACUUAUACCAGACUUGCCAGAGUACUUCUUUCGCAUUCUGAAGUACUGCAUCAGCUCUGUGUCUGCCCAAUCUCAGCCUCUUGCAGACAGGGCCACGUUGCAGCAGACCUUGCCCUACUACGAGACCGAUAUUCCAGGACUGCCGAAAGGUCAAGUAAAAGUUGAAGAGAAUCACAAAGCAAAAGAACUUCGAUGGCCUUACCUCGACAAGGCAGACUCACCUGAUGGCAAAAGCUACAAGUUCUACUUCGACGAGUGGAAUGAUCUGCUGCCAGUCUGUCAAACAGUGGAUGAUGUCUUCGUCCUGUUCGACACAUUGCUUCCUCUCGUGGGUGUCAAAAUUGGCCAUGAUCCAGAACUGGUCACCAAAAUUGCACGAAUCGGCAAAUGUAGCUUAAAGCAGGACUCAACGGAGGCGAAUCGUGAUCGGUGGCUCGACUUCUCAAAACGAAUCUUGCUUCCAUGCAUCAGCCUAACGAAGGCUAAUGCCGGAGUCGUCAACGAAGUCUUCGAGUUGUUGAUAUUCUUCCCAACAAGAACAAGGUACCUGCUGUAUCUCGAGUGGCGAGAUGGCCGUACGUCUCGCAAUCCGGAUGUCAAGAUUGCUACCGAGCAAGCAAGAGCCGAGACGCGAGACCUCUUGAAGCGGAUAUCAAAGACCAAUGCACGCCAAAUGGCACGAUCUCUGGCCAAGAUCGCCUAUGCCAACCCCCAUAUUGUUACAACGGUUGCACUGAAUCAGAUUGAGUCAUACGACAGCAUCUCAACAGUGUUCGUUGAAGGGUCUCGAUAUUUUACCGACUUGGGGUAUGAUGUCUUGACAUGGAAUUUGAUCUUCUCCAUGGCGAAAGCUGGUCGUAGCAAUACGCAAGACGGCGGAAUCUUCGCUAGCAGAUGGCUAACAGCACUAUCGCGAUUCGCUGGAGACAUCUACAAGAGAUACAGCAUGAUGAAAGCUGGGCCGAUCUUGCAAUAUAUCGCACGAGAGCUUGGUCACGGCAACACCAUGGAUCUGAAAAUGCUGGAGAAUAUCGUGACGUCUAUGGCGGGCAUCACAAACGAUACAACAUACAACGAGUCACAGCUUCAAGCCAUGGGCGGUGGAUCCUUGUUACAGUCUCAGACCAUCUUGCAGCUGCUGGAUGCUCGACACGAGAAGCAUGCCACGUCCAAGCGUCUCAUGGCGGCUCUACAGUCCACUGGUCUGACAGGCAAAUUCUUGGUACUGAUGGCUCAGCAACGACAGGCUUGCCUCACCUCGAAAUCAGACGCUCCACUCAAAGUGAUUGGCAACACCUACGACGACGUUCACAGAGUCCUAGUCCAAUACCUCGACCUUCUGCAACACGGACUGGGCAUGAGAAUCUUCGCAGAAGUUGUGCCUGACGUCGUGGCUCUAAUGGUGGCCUACGAGAUUCCCCCCGAGAUUGCAUUCAUGAUUUGCAGAUCUGUGCUGUCGCGGAAGAUCACUGAGUACGAGCGCAAGAAGGCUGAUGAUGCUUCACUAGCCGCACAGGAGGCGCCCAACGAUGUUGACAUGAAGGACGCCGAGAGCUCGGAAGAGGAUGGCGAAGCCGAAGAAGACGAGCCCACCGAAGUCAAUGGCGCCACACCAACAGAGGAUGAUACACUCAACGCUGCGACGGAAUCCGAGCCUAUUGAUGGCGCCCUGAAUGAGCAUUCCUGGCACCCCAUACUGGAGAAGGUCAUGGAUGAUUUGAGAGAUCAUCUGCCGCAAGAGCUCUCACUCUAUGACAUCGCUAUUCCCAGGAAGGCGUAUUCCGACGAGAUUGCACGGCAGAAAAAGAAGCGCGAUGCUGUCAAGCUCGAACGAGCCGUCGGGUCCAGUGCAACGCGAAAGAAGGAAGAUGCUGUCAAAGCUUUAGACAAGCUGAUCAACGACCUUCUUGCCGAAAAUGGCCAGCACGUCAAGGCACAGAUCGCUUGCCGGAAACGACUCAGUGCUGAGAAGCAAGCGUGGUUCGUGGGUCAGGCUCGGAAUAGUGAGCGCCUCAGUACUGCUCUGUGGGAGUAUUGUUUACUACCUCGAAUUCUGGCGUCGCCUCUGGAUGCAUAUUUCAGCUUCGCCUUGGUCAAAUCCCUUCACAGUCUUGGAACGCCAAACUUCUCGACUCUUGGGCUCUACGAUCUCUUCUUCCGAACGGACCGCUUAGUCUCUCUGAUCUUCUCGAGCUCAUCGAAAGAAGCCGAGCACUUCGGUCGCUUCUUAGCUGAACUUCUAAAGGACCUCAACAGAUGGCAUAAGUCGAAGACCAUUUAUGAGAAAGAGGCGUGGGGAUUAAAGAAACAGCUUCCCGGGUUCGCUACCAAAUCAGAAGGCGGCAAGCCGAUCGCUUUCAUGCCCUACGAUACCUUCAGGAAGCUUCUCUACAAAUGGCACACCAUCACCCAUCAGGCAUUCCAGAAAUGCCUGAAGUCGACAGAGUACAUGCAUGUGCGCAAUGCCAUUUCAAUACUGCACGCUGUCUCGGAAGGCGGAACAUACCCAGUCAUCAACAUCCACGGUGUCAGUCUCCAGACCACCAUCGACAAGUUGAGGUCUUCUGAGAUGCAGGACCUGGUAGUAGCAUCGACAUCUCUGCUCUCGGCCCUGAAACGAAGCGAGAAGCAGUGGAUACCCCCUUCGUCUUUCAAUCCAGGUAUCGCAAAAGAGUCAACGCCUGUACCUCCACCCGUCAAAAAGGAAGCCACUCCGGCUGUCGAGGCCCCUCAAACAAAGAAGGAAGAUCAAUCGACAACGAGAGAUGUUGAUAUGAUUGACGUCUCUUCCGGUGCGCCAAAAUCCGAAAGUGGAAGAGAGUCGAAGGGCAAUCCGCAGUCAGACAGCCCCAGCAAGCUGCCGCCGCGUCCAGGUGCAGUCGAUGGCGUCGCUACAAGAGAGCGGGACCCACGGAGCUCUAGUAGGCAAGGUCGUCCCGAGGCGCCACGAUCAACGUUACCGAGAAAGCUAUCGCCGCCUCCCCGACACACUCCUCCAGCCGCGAAUCUACCGACCAGACCAGACCAGACCGACAGUCGCAACGCCGGACGUGACCGCGAACCACCAAGGCUACCUCGCGCACCACAAGACGGCACAAGACCACCUCAUGCUCGGGACAGUCGCGAUGCGCGUGACGUCCGUGAUUCUCGAGACGCUAGAGACCCUCGAGACAUUAGGGAUCCUCGUAGUAGCUAUCGUGGUGCGGAAACACAUUACGAAGACUACGAACGUCUGCCUCGCAGAUACGAGCAGCCAGAUGUGCGGGCGCCCAAUGGUCGGGACGACCGAGGAUAUCCCCGCGAAAGAGAUGCUCCUAGACCUCAGGAACGUCUGCGUGACUCGGAGCGAGAUCGUGACAAAGGAUCUGAUAGAGAUAGACCACCAACCAGGAACCAUUCGAGGGAGCGAGAAUCUAGAGAUCGACCGCCACGGGAGAGUGCUAUUCGACAGCCAGCUGAUGAUAGCUCAAAUCGACCGCCAAGGAUAUCCUCACGAGCUGAGCCAGCACCUCCAGCUUCCCAACCAGAUAUCGCUGUCAAUCCCGCACGAGCAGCUCUGAUCAAUACGAUCGACAACAGAGGACCUCCAAUCUCGACCACUCGUCCACCACCAUCGCGAUCAGACCACCCUCAGCGGGCUUCAUCACCGAGACGCGAAGAUCCUCGGGACCGUUUUGGUAUGAAUCGCAAUCGUGAUGAUAGGCAGAGUAGUGACAGGCUUCCUCCUGAUUCACAUCAGUCCCGCCAUACAACACCCUCGCAAGCCCCACGCUCAGAGUAUCCACCUCGAUCCUCACGCGAUGAGCGACCUCCGCAUCGAAAUGUCGACAUGGAGGCUGGCCGACUCGAGCGUGAGCCUGCUCCUUCAGCUCAACCUCGUAAUGAACCCAAGCCCGACAUUCCCUCUGGUCCGCGGGCAGCAGGUAGCAUGCCAGCACCUCGAGGUCCCGGUGGCCCUCCAGCAAUCAACACACGUAUCACGCAGCAGCCGUCUAACGACCGGCCGCCCACAGGUCCGUCGUCCGGUCGCCAUUCCCGAGCGCCGUCUCUUUCAGAUCAAAGCGGCUCUAAAACGCCCGAUACAGCUGGAGUGCAUCCCUCCCGCAUGGGUAUGCUGACAUCGCCUGUUGCUCCUCCACCUGCCGGACCGCGUGGUCGAGGUACUGGCCCUCCUGCGCAAGCCCCGUCUGGACCUGCGCCAGUCUCCCGUGGACCGCCUGCCGGACCAGCAUCUGCUGAGAUGGGUCGUGGAGCACGCCCGGCCAGAAACCAAAUGAACGCUGUUAAUGACACCCUGGCGCAAGCCUCAACGACUAGUCGAGGUCGCGGCGGACGGACGGUUAGCAGCAACUACCCACCUCAUGGCGGCGCACCAAAUGGUCCGCCACUGCCUACCUCUGCUCCCGAUCGAGGUCCUCGUAACGACAACUAUGGCCAGAACGAUCUCUUCGCGUCUCACAGCAGUGCGAAUGACACGCCCAUCGGAGCACGGCCGCAAUCUACCUGCCAAGAUAGCAUGCGUUCGAACGAUCGCCGCCCGCCAUCCAGUAGCGCCCGGCCUGACGAGCGCCCGCCACAGAGCGAUGAUCUUCGACGAUCUACGCGCUCACGCAACGACGAUCCGAGAGAUCAUCACGACGCUCGCAAUGGCGGACGGGAUCGCGAUACUCGCGGCGAUCACUCGUCGUCUUCUGGCAGGCCCACCGACCAACAUCAUCACCACCACCGAGACGCUCCGCCUUCGCAAUCGUCGAGGCGUGGUGGUGGUGAUGACCGGCCCAACCGGAGACACGAUGGCCCUCCGGGUGGCACGAGCAGCUCGUACAAUGAUGAUCGCAGCGGCGGUCCUGGAGGUGCAAGAGGGGAGUACAGAAACGACGGAGGCCCACCGCCUUCAGGUCCAGGUGGUCGGAAACAUCCGCGCAGCGACGAGAAUGGCGCUGGACAGUAUGAUGGUGGCAGAGGCGGAGGCAGAGGCGGGCGGGUGGCUAGUGAGAGCAAGCGGCCGAGGAGAGGGGCUUAG